UGAAACAAUUGUUCUUAAAAGAAACUUGCAGCCGAUGCCCCUGGGCCGCAACUUUCUGCGAUGAGUAGGCGCUGCACAACUCUCCCGCCCAUCCUUCCACAGCAGCUCCUCCUCCUCGCCCCAGACCUUGGUCUAUUGCCCUAAUUUUUCCAUUGCUGCGCUGAAGAGUGCUCAGAGAGAUACAGUGAAAAUACCAGCACCACAGUUUAUCAAACAAAGUUCCCAGAGAGAGUCCUAAUAUAUUCUAUUCUUCAAUGGCGGAAGCGAUGGAAUUGCCAUUACCAGCACACCACCUGGGCUCUUCUUCACUCAUCGACGUCUCAAAGAUCGACAUCUCCAACAUUGAUCUCGAGUCUAUCCAGCUCCCACCUGGUGAUGACUAUGGCAUACCAAGUGAUGAUGAUGUGGUUGAGGAAGAAGCGUUGGAAUUCGACUCUGGUUUUGAGAAUAUAAUCAUUGUUUAUAAUCUACCAGUUGUUGCUCCUGAGAAGUUUGAGAAGCUAGAAAUUGUAAUAAGAAAGAUAUUUGGGCAGAUUGGUGUGAUUAGAGAGGGAGGGCUUAGGAUGCCUAUUGAUCAGGAGACGAAGAAGACCCAAGGAUAUUGCUUCAUCGAAUACAGCACUCCACAAGAAGCUCAGACAGCUAAGGACCAGACAAAUGGUUAUAAGUUGGACAAAUCACAUGUAUUUGCUGUGUACUUGUUUGAUGAAUUUGACAAAUAUGUUAAUGUUCCUGAUGAGUGGGUUGCUCCCGAAAUAAAACCUUACACACCCGGGGAAAACCUUCAGCAUUGGCUUACAGAUGAGAAAGCUCGAGAUCAAUUUGUUAUUCGGGCAGGCUCUGACACUGAGGUUCUAUGGAAUGAUCCUAGGCAAUUGAAGCCAGAGUUGGUUUAUCGACGUACUUUUUGGACCGAGAGUUUUGUUCAAUGGUCUCCACUUGGGACAUACUUGGCAACCGUACACAGGCAGGGGGCGGCUGUUUGGGGAGGUGCCACUACAUUUAACCGUUUAAUGCGUUAUGCCCAUCCCCUGGUUAAACUUAUUGAUUUCUCAUCUGGGGAGAAAUAUCUAGUCACGUACAGCAGCCAUGAACCCAGCAAUCCUCGGGAUUCACAGAAAGUUGCACUAGUUAUUUUUGAUGCGAGAACUGGAAAAGUAUUGAGAGAAUUCAAAGGUAGUGCUGAUGAUUUUGCCACUGGUGGAACUGGAGGUGUGUCUGGUGUCUCAUGGCCUGUGUUCAGAUGGAGCGGAGGAAGCGAAGACAAAUACUUUGCUAGAAUUGGUAAAAAUGCAAUCAGUGUCUAUGAAACAGAGACCUUUAGUCUUCUUGAUAAGAAGUCUAUUAAAGUAGAAAAUGUUAUUGACUUCAGUUGGUCUCCAACUGAUCCCAUAUUGGCACUCUUCGUCCCUGAAGGUGGUGGUGGGAAUCAACCAGCAAGAGUUAGUCUCGUUCAAAUUCCUGGACGCGAGGAAUUGAGGCAGAAGAACCUGUUUAGUGUUAGUGACUGUAAGAUAUUCUGGCAAAGCACUGGAGAGUAUCUUGCCGUCAAAGUAGACCGGUACACGAAGACCAAGAAGAGCACGUACACUGGAUUUGAGCUCUUCCGCAUAAAAGAGAGGGACAUUCCAAUUGAGGUUUUGGAGCUUGAAAACAAGAAUGACAAAAUCCUUGCCUUUGCAUGGGAGCCCAAAGGCCACAGGUUUGCAGUGAUUCAUGGAGAUAACCCCAGACCCGAUGUGAGCUUCUACUCUAUGCGAAGUGCACGGGUCUCAAAACUCGCAACAAUAAAAGGCAAGCAAGCAAAUGCCCUGUAUUGGUCACCAGCUGGUCGAUUUAUCAUCCUUGCUGGCUUGAAAGGUCUCAAUGGGCAGCUUGAAUUCUACAACGUUGAUGAGCUUGAGACCAUGGCUGUCGGUGAGCAUUUCAUGGCCACUGAUGUUGAGUGGGAUCCUACUGGAAGAUACGUAGCAACAUCCGUUACUUCUGUGCAUGAGAUGGAAAAUGGAUUCAACAUCUGGUCUUUCCAUGGCAAACUCCUAUACAGGAUCUCAAGAGACCACUUCUAUCAGUUCCUGUGGCGCCCAAGGCCACCUUCAUUCCUGACUCCUGACAAAGAAGAGGAGAUUGCAAAGAACCUCAAGAAGUACAGUAAGAAGUAUGAAGCAGAGGACCAGGAUGUUUCAUUGUUGCUCAGUGAGCAGGAUAGGGAGAAGAGGAGGCAGCUUCAUGAAGAAUGGGACCGGUGGGUUAAGGAGUGGAAGCGGCUCCACGAAGAGGAGAAGGCUUUGAGGCAAGAGUUGAGAGAUGGGGAGCUGAGUGAUGAGGAGGAAGAGUACGAGGCGAAGGAAGUGGAGGUCGAGGAAAUCUUGGAUGUGACAGAAGAGGUCGUCUCUUUUGGCUAUGAGUGAAUCUUUUAAUCAGUUGCGUUUUUGGUUUUUAAUCCAUCUUCUCUUUACAGAGAACUUAAAUUUUGAGUUGUGGAUGAUAAUUUUGUUACGAUCUUUUAUUUUCAUAGACUGGAGGUCAGCAAGAAAGAUAUGUGAUGUACGCUUCCAAGUUUCUAAUUAUUUCACUCAAUCUUGACCUUUUUGCCUUUA